GCCGGCGCCUGGCCGGCGCGCACCGACUGGCUGCGGCCGCUCGCUCGCCCCGGCCGGACGGCCCGCCCGCGGCCUCAGACGAGCUCCGGCAGCCGAGCUGAGAGGACGGGUGCAGCCGCGAGCCCGCGUCACUGUCCGCUCCGAUCACGCGGCGCGCGCGUCGUGUCGCUGGCGCUCCUGUUCCGUGCUGUGCCUGCCGACGCUCGCGUACACAAGGCGGUGCUUCACUCUUAUCUCCGCGUCUCUCACCCACAAACUCGUAACAAAAUAAUAAAACCUCAACAGCGGUAAAUAACCACAUUGCCCCAGACUGUCACUGUUGACACAAUCCGAACGACGCUUGUGCUAGGAAGCACGUUCCCGGACGCAGCUCCUAUGCAGUGCUGGAGCCGAGCGCCAGACAAAAUUUCCUGCGGUUUACCAGUGUCAGGUUCCUUAGAAACAGCUGAACGUGUGACGAACGAGGUUCGAGAGAGGCGUCCUCGUAGGAGUGCUACCAUGGGCUCACCACCGGCAGUACUUGGACCGCUGAUUGUUGCGCUGGCGUGUGUCGCUGUACUAGUCAACGCCGUCGUCGCCUCAGCCACAACCGCGCCAACGGAAGACCCGGAGUUCACAGAGCAGAUCGAGAACAUCACAGUGCCGGCGGGACGAAACGUGAAGCUGGCGUGUUCCGUCAAGAACCUCGGCACCUACAAGGUGGCGUGGAUGCACUUCGAGCAGUCGGCGAUCCUGACGGUGCACAACCACGUGAUCACGAGGAACCCCCGCAUCUCCGUGACGCACGACAAGCACCGUACGUGGUUCCUGCACAUCAGCAACGUGCAGGAAGAGGACAAGGGCCGCUACAUGUGCCAGAUCAACACCGUCACCGCCAAGACGCAGUUCGGAUACCUGCACGUCGUCGUGCCGCCCAACAUCGACGACUCGCUGAGCAGCUCUGACGUGAUCGUCCGCGAGGGCGCUGACGUCACUCUGACGUGCCACGCCAGCGGGUCGCCGCCGCCCAGCGUCAAGUGGAAGCGCGACGACGGCUCCAAGAUCGCCAUCAACAAGUCGCUCUCCGUGCUGGAAUGGGAGGGGGAGGUGCUGGAGCUGACGCGCAUCUCCCGCCUGGACAUGGGCGCCUACCUGUGCAUCGCGUCCAACGGCGUGCCGCCCACCGUCAGCAAGAGGAUCAAAGUCAGCGUGGACUUCCCGCCGAUGCUGUGGAUCCCGCACCAGCUGGUGGGCGCGCCCCUGGGCUACAGCGUGACGCUGGAGUGCUUCACCGAGGCGCACCCCACGUCACUCAACUACUGGACGCGCGAGGACGGCAACAUGAUCCACGACUCCGCGGGCAAGUACAGCAUCUCCAACACGGCCGGGUCGCCCGCCUACAAGACGCACAUGCGGCUCUCCAUCAUGAACAUCCGCGAGGCCGACUACGGCACGUACAAGUGCGUGGCCAAGAACCCGCGCGGCGAGACGGACGGCACCAUCCGGCUAUACACAUCCGCGCCGCCUUCGACAACGCCAGGGCCGAGCACGACCGAUGCGGCGGCGUCGCGGCGGCACCCAGAUGACGGGCUGGACCCAUCCGGCAAUGACGUGAACAACUCAGUGUACAGCUCCCUCAGCGGGCAUUACUCGGACAAAGGCUCCAAGUACCAGUCGAAUCUCAACGAGAUCGAUAAGUCGGAGCAGAAGUCACCUCCUGAGGCGUCUGGCAAAGGGAUGCACCGCGACUGGUUGAAACCGGAGCUCACUGCAGCUGGCACCAACGCGGCGAACGGCGCCGUGGCGGUGGUGGUGUCGGCGGCGGCCGCUUCCGUCGCAGCAUUCGCCCUGCACAGAUAAGGAAGACCAGCCUCAGGACAACACCCCCACUGGCGGAUUUUGCAGUUAACAGUAACGGACAGCGUGAAAACUACACGAGAACUGGGAACCACGACAGCAGCAACAAGACUGAUCGAGCUUUUCCGAGAGUAGCGCCGGAAUCAUCAACUCAGGACUAAACUCUCUCACACCAGCCACCCCCAAACCCCAUCCCCACAGUCCCGUGACGUUGGCAGUGGUGACGCAUGUCCUCCAGUGACGACGUACGCAGGAUGCAGAAGACAGCGUGACGAAGCUGGGUAUCAUCCUGGCUGUGUCUCCUGGAACUCGUGCCCUGUGUUGCUCGUUGCCCAGACGUUUGGACCCGACGUAGCUGUGUUUGUGUGCCCCGUAUUGCUUUUCUGCUUUGUAGGAUUCCGCGUGUACACGGCUGAGAUUAAUGCAAAAAUUCGUUCCCUGUCCUAUCGGCUACACAGAUGCUUCCUUGCCGGCACUCCAGACCCUAUCUCCCUGCCAUUUAAAAAGAACAUUGGCUGCUGCAGUGACUGUAUCUUCUGGAACUAUUAUGUCUAGGUGUACAGUCUACGCGCAUUUAGUGCCGCUUCAGUUACUAGAAAGGUUUCGUGUCACAGAAACUAUUCACCUACUGGAGUUACGGUGGCUAUAUUUUAUGGUGAAAGAAACACAUAAUGACUUACACUACUGGCAAGUAAUCUCAUUGCAAAUAUCCAACUUCUAAGAGAAAAUUUCCAGCUAUGAAGUUUGAGCAAAGAGCUAUCUUUUUUCCUGACAAGAUUUGCAAGGGAGUGCUUCAAAUAACUAUCAAUGUAUGUAUGUUAAAUGGUAAACUGGCAUCACAUUUGGCGGUGUUAGUGACUCGUUGGAAGUCAUUACUGUACAACUAUAAUACUGCUUUUUGGAGACGCUGCAGUAUGAUAGCUAUAGAGAAAUCAUUCAGUGUCAGCAAUUAAGUGUAUUGUUUAUAUAAUUUUAGUGUCGUUUAAAUGUUUCCGACGAGUGGCCUACCUUAAUGAUUCUUAAAUUGUUGUCUCAAUAUAAAAUCAGAGUUAGAAGUUCAUUUGACAUAGUUGUAACGAUGUCUGCUACGCUUGUUCCCGUUUUAGUAUGAUAGGUUUUCUAAAUGCUGUCAAUACAAGCCGUCUUUUCUGAUGAAUUUAGAACAUUACGAGUUGAUGUAGCAAUUCCCAUUAAACCGUCAUUGUAGUAGUCGUGAAUUGUUGGUUCCGUACUUCAGUUACUACAGUGUUAAUCACUUUAUUUGUGUAAGCAAUUCCUCGCUGCCAGAAUUGGUGGCUAACGGCCUCAGGCUGCUGCAGGGUAACAUUUCGAAAUUAAAAUAAAUUUGCCAGAGGGAAGAAUUGGCCAAUUAAAUUAUGAGCGCUGGACUCAUUACAGUCUAAUACUGUGCCUGACUGAUGUCGAAUUAACGAAAGUUUGUUGCACAGUGAGGAUCUCUGAUGAACAUAGCCAACUCACUCUUGCUGGUGCCAGUCUCUCGUUACCUCGUUAUCUCGUUAUCAUUGCUACCUUCUAUCACGCCACAGGAAACACACUUCGGAACACGGAAAGAAACGCUGCACCAGUGAUACCUCAAUCACAUUUUAAUAAAAGCGGAUAAAUGGUUACUUUACAUCACUUUAGUUGUGCUUGUAGUAUACUGGAAUACAAAAGCGGUUCGUCCUAUUAAAUCUAAUACACCCACAUGACCACAAGAUCAACGCCUGUACAUCACUUCCGUAUCGUUGCCUCUGAAAAUCAUUCUUUUCCCGUUAAGCUGUUCAGCUUUUUCACUCGUCACAUGAUGAUGAUCUUCUGGAAAUGUCAAUUCAUAUAUUUCAGAACUGGAAAUAGCCACUCAUAUGACUCAUUUCGCAUAUCUCUAUCGCAAAUAUGAAUGACGCAUGUGUAACUUUAGGAAAAUGAGAAAAAAAUGUGAUCAUUCGAAAUGGAUGUAGAAACCAAAUGUGACGAGGCUGGAGUGGGAGGGGGGAGGAUAUGGGAAGGAGUGGGGGGGGGGGGGGGGAUGAAACUGCGAUGUCGCGAGUCAUAAGAAAUAACGGGAAAACAUGAUACCGUUCAAGAAAAUAACACAGGCAUUCCUGUACUAGUAAAAUCUGACGACUCUAUGUUACUGUAGUAGAGACAUAAAACGUGACAAUUCCCCCAGUCGCAUCUGUGUUUAAAGAUUUCGAUUGCAUAUUUUGACCUAAUUAAUGUUAUGAGAUGCACUGACAUAAAUCUGCCUUUGAUGAUGGGAUCUGAUUUAAUGAUUUCAGAAAUUAAAAAUUUUCUUGGUCGUAAUAGUUCCAAACAAUUGCUCAAAAUGCUGCAUUCUGUGUGAAAUUCAUUAUAUGGGACGUCAAAGACACUUAAUAUUACUUGUUAGUAACAAUAGCAAUGAUAUUAAAUUCAUGCAAGACAGUUUGUAGGUACGCACAUGUUAAACAAAUUUUAUUUUUACUGCUUAUAGAAACCGCUUUAAUGCAGAGUUGGUUGUCGACAAGUUUUGUGUAUGAUUCGUAUCGUUUAAGUAAGGACCUACGUCCAUAAUGUGGCAGAUGUCCUUAAAGCAGGGCAGUUGACAGUUAAAGGGAUGAAAGAUCCCUGUUAACCAAUUGCUACUUAGGCCUCGUCGUAUAACCAAUAGGAAUAGAUAGAAAUUAAUUCUUCGAUCCGUCUACCUGCGAAACAUGCACAAUGAUAAUCCUCUACAAGUAUUUUAAAUUAAUACAACAAACUACACUCUUUCUUUUUAACCAAACCUGACGUAAAGAAUAGUACAUUUCAGUUAUCAUUUCGAAAUCUUCAUCGCAUUAUUCAUAUGCUUUGAAAGAACCCAUAGAGAGAUUUUCCUUAUUUUUCUUCUUCUUCUUUUUCUUCGUCAUCUUCUUCUUUUUCUUCUUCUUCUAUAGUAUACCCACCUCAUGACAGGUUUCAAUUGAAGUCUCUCCACUGCGUCCUGUUUUGAGCAUCUUCCUUCAUCUGUCUGUAUGUUCUUCCUCUAAUUAUUUGUUGCAAAUAGUUCCCAGGCGGUGUGUAUCCCAGCUAAAGUAUUUUUUUCUUUGUGAUAGCUUUCAACAAGCUUCUUCCUUAUUUUUUUCUUUAUUAGAUUCUCGUUUUUAACUCUGUUACCCCGUAGAUCCUCGUCCUUAACUCUGUCAGUCCACUUUGCCUCAAGCAUUCUUGUCCAUAACCACAAUUUUAAUCUUUAUAGAUAUAUUUCUUCUUUCUUCUUAACUGUCCAUUAUUAACUGCUACACUCCAGACACAACAUUUAGCAAUCUUUUCCUCGGCUCCAUUGUCAUUCUCCCGGAUGGUAGUAACGGCUUCACCAUCACAGAUGCUUAUCUCCCAUUAGUAUACUCUUCAACUUCUCACGUACAGAAAGGACUUUACUUAUUCUGUCCUUUUUUUUAGAAAUAUGUUAACUGGAGCUUCGUUCUUGCUUAUUCUCAUCACUUUUGUUGUUGCUGUACUGAAAUUCAUUGCAUACUUCUUGCUUCUCCCUGUUAUACCAUUCAAUAUCUUCUGUAGCUCCUCUACCGAUUUCGCCAGCACUGCUAGGUCAUCGGGGUAUUUUACAGUCUCUGUCCUUACUCCUACAAUUACAAUGCGUCUUGCAAUCUCUAUGGUUCUACAUAUAAGUUGUUUUCCAUACAUAUUGAAGAGCUUCACUGACAGUGGGCAUCCUUGCUUACACCCUUUUCAGCGCUUAUCUCUUAGGCCUCCAUGUUCUCAGUUCUAACUGCCCUUUUUUGCUCUGUAUGCAUUUCAUUUAUUAACCCCCUGUCUUCCUAAGCUAUACCCACAUUAUUAUUGGCAUCGUUAUUUCAGAAAUAUCACACGGAGUAUGGAAUGUGUGUUAAAGUACCAACAAAUCAUACUGUUAUAUAGUAAAAAUAACGUGUCCACAGCUGCGGUUAGUAUUCUGGACCCGAGAAAAACUGAAGGAAACUCCUUACUGGACAACGCUUCCGCAAAAUGUAAUCUAAAACAAAUUAUUUACUGCUCGAAAUACUGGUCCUCUGCAUAUAUUUUUGUAGACGAUUUCAUGAGUUAUUUUUAAAAGGAGAGGUGAGUGGCACGUAGCCGGUAAAGGGCUUCCGACCUGUGUAAGUAGAGUGCAGCCGUGGCACUUCGGGAGGAGGGGGGAUGGAGGGAGGGAGGAGAGGAUGGUGAGCCCAUCGCCCUGCUGCCUUGACCCUUCCCCCCCCCACCUCCCACCCCCCGCAGAAAAGGUCCCCGAUGCACAUCUGACAGCUGGCCGAAUGGCCAUGAGGGAGUCCUGGAGGGACUAAGGAAUUUAAGUUGAGGACGAGCUCUAACCAGAUCUACCAGAACACGAAUUUAGUUCUAUCUACAGACUAACAUGAUUUACUAGCAUUUGUUGCUGUUGCGUCUAUACAACAAACAGUUCUGGAAACAGUACAUAUAGUGCUAAAGUAAAUAGCCAUCUACAGCAACAACGCCAAGAAACUCGUGAAGAACGAGCAACAUACUCCACUGUCCGGUAUAGUUCUGCUAUAAAAUUAUAACAGUGCUGUUCAGGAAGAGAUUAAAUGAAGUUAUAAUGUUUGUAUGUGCUUUUGUGUGCGUGCGUGCGUGUGUGUGUGUGUUUGUGUGUGAACAAAGAGGUUUAGAUAAUCGUGCCAAAGACUUUUCUCCCAAAUGUGUCGGCUCACUGCACAAACGUGGAUGUCCUGCUAUGUUGUAAAGUUUUGCUUACACAGCUCACAAUGUAGGUAAAUAAUUCAGUUUCACUGAAGAAAAAUUACAAUGAAUGUGCUCCUCGUAUACUAAAGCGUCUUAAGCCUAAUAAUAUGUAACAAAACUAGUGUUAUUGAUGGCAGAUACUAAAACGACUCACUGUAUGUAUUUUCUGAUAAACAGAGCCAGAAACACUGGACAACUGAAUGUCAAAGACUGUGAAGUUGACCUUUAUAAGAUGUGUAUUUUUCGUGAUGUUUGCUGAGCCACAAAAUUUUUCGUGCAGGCUGUGUGCAUGUAGUGCAUCUGGUUAUAUGUGUAUGUGUGUGUGUGUGUGUGUGUGUGUGUGUGUGUGUGUGUGUGUGUGUGUGUUUUCAGACACACAGUUGAGAGAGCGAUUGUGACUGCUGUAUUGUUCUCUGGUUAACACCUCUAACCCCAACGCAGUUACUUUACUAUAACAAAAAUAUAUUAAUAUAUUAACAGGGAAAUGGAAGAUAACGUUGCUUAACCGUUGUUCAGGUCAACAAAAAAGUAAUAACCAGAUAUAUUAUAUAUAUAUGUCGACUAUUUAUAAUGUUAUGUUAUAAAUGUAUCCAAAAAAUUGUGAAAAAUAAAACAAUGACUAGAGCUUACAGGAAA